AUGGGCAGCCCGGCGGCGGCGGCGGCGGCAUGGGGCGCGUCUCCCGUCAAGCGGGCGCGGUGCGAGAGCUUCGCCGAGGAGCUCCACAGCCCGGAGAGGCGCGCGGCCCCCGCGCCGCAGGGCGACCGCUCCGACCCGCGGCUCUGGGACACCGAGUGGCUCUGCGACUACCUCGCGCGCAGCGGCGUCGGCGAGCCCAGCCUGCUGCGGCGCUUCCGAGAGAGCGGAGUCACCGGGACCAUGCUGCUCGACAUGCCGGCCUGCGCCCUCGAGAUCACCCGCGUCUGCCUCCCAGCUGAGAGACUGAAAGUGCUUGCCUGCCUGAACAAACUGAGACAGCAGCAUGUGGACAUAAUGAAGGUUUUUAAUGAUCCCAUUCAUGGGCAUAUUGAGAUACAUCCUCUUCUUGUUCGCAUCAUCGACACUCCUCAGUUUCAGCGCCUUCGAUACAUUAAGCAGCUGGGAGGCACGUACUUUGUUUUUCCAGGAGCUUCUCACAACCGCUUUGAACACUCUUUAGGAGUAGGCUAUCUAGCAGGGUGUCUGGUUCGUGCACUGAAGGAAAGACAACCAGAACUCGAUAUAACCCAGCGAGACAUCCUCUGUGUUGAGAUUGCUGGGCUUUGUCAUGAUUUGGGUCAUGGGCCAUUUUCACACAUGUUUGAUGGAAGAUUUAUUCCACUUGUUCGUCCAGAUUUGAAGUGGAAGCAUGAAACUGCUUCUGUUGAAAUGUUUGAACAUCUGAUCACUUCCAAUAAGCUAGAAAAAGUCAUGGAAUCUUACGGUCUUGUCCUGGAAGAAGAUAUGAACUUUAUCAAGGAACAAAUAGGAGGACCUACAGAUGAAACUACUUGUGAGAAAUCAUGGCCCUACCUUGGUCGACAAAAGGAGAAAAGUUUCCUUUAUGAGAUAGUAGCUAACAAGAAAAAUGGCAUUGACGUUGACAAAUGGGAUUAUUUUGCAAGGGAUUGCCAUCACCUAGGAAUCCAGAAUAAUUUUGAUUAUAAGCGAUUACUUAAAUUCACUCGGGUCUGUGAAGUAAAAAACCAGAAGCAUGUCUGUACCCGUGACAAGGAAGUUGGAAAUUUGUAUGAUAUGUUCCACACACGGAAUUGUCUGCACCGGCGAGCAUACCAGCAUAAGGUUGGCAACAUCAUUGAAAUAAUGAUUACAGAAGCCUUUCAAAAAGCAGACCAGUUUUUUAAAAUAGAAGGCUCUAAAGGAACACCCUACAGAAUUUCUACAGCCAUGGAGGAUAUGGAAGCCUACACUAAGCUAACUGAUAAUAUCUACUUGGAGAUUCUGCACUCAAGUUGUCCAGAACUGGCUGAGGCACGAGAAAUUUUGCAUAAAAUAGAGCGACGUGAAUUAUACAAAUUUUUAGGAGAGACUCAGCCUGAAAAAGUGAAGGAAAUUGCCAAGGGUGAAUAUGAUGGCCUAGCAGAAGAAAUUGCUGAUUCCAAGCCUGAAAAGAAUCCUCCAACUGUGGAGCCAAAGGCUGAAGAUUUCAUAGUUGAUGUUAUCAGUAUGGAUUAUGGAAUGAAAGAACAGAACCCUAUUGAUAAUGUUCUCUUCUAUUGCAAAGCUGAUCCUACCAAGGCAGUGAAGAUCAGUAAAGAACAGGUCUCGAAGCUUUUGCCUGAGACUUUUGCGGAGCAGGUUAUUCGUGUUUAUUGCAAAAAUCAGGAUCCGGAUACUGUUUCAGCUGCAAAACAAUAUUUUAUUCAGUGGUGUAUAAGGAGGGAUUUCACCAAACCACAGGAUGGUGAUGUGGUUGCUCCUCAUCUAACUCCAAUGAAAAAAAGCUGGAAUAACAUGCAAGAGAAUGAAUCCUCAGCUUCAGAAUCCAGUUGCAAGCAAAGGCUUUCUUUUGAUAAGUAAUACUUUUCAUUUUGCACUGUUCACUCUCCUUCAGAAGAUGGGUAGUCUGGAGUAGCAACUUACUUAAAAGCCAAUUUGAUGGACUGUAAAAAUUUACAGAACAAUGCAGUAAUGCAUUUUACAAUACAGCAUAUGUACAGUUUGUUUUAAUGUAGACACUUAAACUAAGUGCAUAUUCAAAAUGGACUUUUCAAAAAUAACAACCUGUUGCAGCAGAAAAAACUCAAUUCUCAUUUUUUUUGAAUGUAUUGAUGCUUUGUAGCAAGAGAAACCUUAAAAUAUUGAAAUUCACCAUAAUUACAAGGAGGUGUUGAAGACACAUUACUGCUUCUCCUGACAGUGAUCCCUUCUUAAGGUAUUACAAUGUUACAAGAACUAGUAGAAAAUCUUCAGCUCAGUUCUUUGCAGUGCCUGAGGCAGAGAGGAGUAAGUAUGCUUCCUGAAAUACAGUGAGAUAGUAGCACUUUGAAAUAACCAUAGGUGGCUUCUUUGAGAACAAUAAAACAUACUUCCUUUAAUAAGAAAUAAUUAAAAUAAUAAUAAGAAGUAGUUGGGGGCAAGGGGAAGAGUUCUUUUUACUAACCAAAGAUUAUUUUUCUGGAAUUAGAAAAGGUGAUGAAGAUGCAACCCUCUUGCUAUAAAAGUGACCAUGCAAUUUUUAUUGAAGUAACAAUGCAUUUCAGCAACAGCCUUUUAUUGUUUUUAUAGUGUAUUUUUGAUACAUUGAAUGUUAUAUUUUUUAUUGCUACACUGAACUACAAAAGCUACCCAAAACUUCUAUCCUUUGAGCACUUGCAAGAAAGCAGAGCUACUUGAAUGUGAGUCAAAGCGUGUGGAUGUACGCACAAUUCUUAGCAUGACUAACUAGUCCCAGAAGGAUGCUGCACACAGCUCUGCUCCUCCUUGCAACAAAGUGCACCUUGUAUCUGUGUUACACUGUACUAGGUAGACAGGCCCUUCAUGACUUCCUCUAUUCUUGCAUCUAUUCCCUGUUCUGUGGCUUUGUGAUUGCUGUUUCUGUAGGCUUUUUGUUUUAUUUUUUGUUUUGUUUUCCCUCUCCCAUGUAGAAUUAUAAGAAUUCUUACAGUUCGCCUUACUGGUAAUACUGAUGUGAGUGUUGCUAAAUGACUGUCCAGUUGAAAAAACAAACGAGGAAGACCUUUUUCCUCUUAUCUUUUACUCAGGUCUCAAACAUUCUUUUUAAAGUCUGCUUUGCUUUUGUUAAAUAAAACCCAAAUGCUUGAAAAAGCCCACCGUCAAAACUGAAAACACCAAGCAAAAUAUUCUGUAAUGCUGAGAAGUUGGACUGAGUUUUAGAUUUUUGUAACAUCUAUUCAAAAAAAAAAAAAAAAAAAAAAAAAAAGGCAAGUUCAGCAAUUGAUAUUGAUUUUAGCAGCCAAGCAUUGGUAACUAGACUGGUUUUGAAAACUGUCAGAGUGGGGAAGUCAUUGUAAGAGAACUUCAUAAUUCUUUUCUUGUCUUACUGCAUCUCCUUUGCCCUUUUUAUUGUGGCAACUUAUAGCUGUUAUGCAGAGGUAAAGAGAAUGAGUAUUCAACUACUUAUUCAGAUUUAAUUUGAUGAAAUAACCAGAAGUUGUUCUGCAUUCUGCUGCUUUCUUAUGAACUUGUGCUUAAGUGUUUAAGGGGGAUGCUGUGCAGCCUCUGCUGUUCGUAUCUUUAAUGGUGUUUCACCUCUACAGUUGUACCAUGUAAUUUCUAUUGCAAGGUAUUGUGACCUCUUUAAAAGCUUAGAAAGGAUUUUUUUAUUAUGCUUCAACAAAUAACAUCAUAGAGUGAAGGCAUUUAUCUCCUUAUCUACAUGAAAUCACGUAUUUACUUGUUCAGAAUAACGUAAUUUUCUUAUUGUUGCUUGGGUUUGUUUUGAAGCUGUUGUAAAAGGUGCACUUUAUGUUUGGGAAAAGCUUUUUGCUUAUGUUAACCAUGUGUUUCAGAAAUUUGUACAUAAAUGUAUCAGAUGUUAGUUUCUGAGACAGAGCAUUUCUUUUUCUCAAACAUGUUAAUCUGAGCCUCCCUGGACUAAAAAUAAAUUUAUAAACAAUGA